GGGAAGAAAAAGUAGAAAGAGAAGAAAAAAAGAAAUAAGAAAAGAAGUUUUGCAUAAAAAAGGAAUCUAUCCCAGGAGAAGCCUAACUUUCCUCACUCUACCCUCGCCUCACCCGUCUAGCCAAGCCAGGGUUCCUACAAGUGAGGAGUCUCUGCGUUGAGGUCCAAGGAAGUUUGGUUGUGCAGGGAACGUGUCGAGCCAUAAGGCGGCAAUGAGCAUUCUUCCCAACUGGAUUCCUUUGGCCCCACUCACGGAGGAGGAAAUGUUUGGCACAGGAGUCCAUAUCAAAGAAGAGCUAAAUGAAGGUGCUUCUGAAGAGAUAUAUUUGGAAAUUAAGGAAGAACCACAUGAUUAUGCAGAUGUAGUGAGGGACGAAGUCAGUGAAGAGGAAGUGAAACAGGAAUUUUUCUCUAAGGAUCUUCAAGACCUCCAACACGAAGCAAAUGAAAAUGAUGGGUGUGAUUCGACCAAGGACUGUAAUACUUUGUCGAGAGCAACAUUUGUGGCUGAGGAAUGUGGGAAGAAAGGCUCAUCAGAAGAGGAUCUGGUGAAGCUUAAGGAAAUUCACAAGGAGGUUGAAUGCAGAAAAGUAGAUAGGAAACUGAAAUAUUUUUUAUGUGAAGUAUGUGGCAAAACAUUCUGUAACAAAAACAGUGUCCGAGUGAUGCACAUGAGGGUACACACACAGGAGAAGCCAUACAGCUGUAAGAUUUGCAAUAAGGCCUUCUCACAGAGUAGUUCGCUGAUGCAACACAUGAGAGUACAUACAAAAGAGAAACCAUACAGCUGUGAGAUAUGUACGAAGGCCUUCACUGUGAAAUGUAGUCUAGUAAAGCACAUGAGGGUACACACUAAGGAGAAGCCAUACAGUUGUGAGAUUUGCAGUCAAGCCUUCUCACAGAAAAAUAGUUUAGUAAAGCACAUGAGAGUUCAUACAAAUGAGAAACCAUAUAGCUGUGAGAUUUGCAGUAGAGCUUUCUCUGAUAAAUUCAACUUGGGGCAACACAAGAGAGUACACACGAAGGAGAAACCAUACAGUUGUGAGAUUUGCAACAAGGCCUUUGCACAGAAUAGGUCCCGAGUGAUGCACAUGAAAGGCCAUACAAAGGAAAAGCCAUACAGCUGUGAGAUUUGCAAUAAGGGCUUCUCAGUGAAUAGUUCCCUAGAACAACACAUGAGAGUACAUACAAAGGAGAAACCAUACAGUUGUGAGGUUUGCAGUCAAGCCUUCUCACAGAAAAAUAGUUUAGUAAAGCAUACCAGAAUUCAUACGAAGGAGAAACCAUAUAGCUGUGACAUUUGCAAUAGAGCUUUCUCAGAUAAAUUUAACUUAAAGCAACACAUUAAAGUACAUGCAAAAGAUAAGCAUGACAAAUAGAGCACUGUAAUGAGGUUUC